AUACUUUAGCUUCCUGCUAUAUCUUCCAUCAGUACCAUCUCAGGCCUUCUGCAUUUACCUCAGCUACAUAAGAGUAUGAACUUGAAAAACCUCAGAGACAGGAACAUAAUAAAACCUCACACUCUAUCACUUCAUCUAACCUUUCUCAAAACAGCGCUGCACCCACUGCCGGCAGCAGUGAAAGUGACUAUGUUAACUGCAGUCAAUUCAAAUCAUAUCACAGCUCCUUCUGUGCGAUGCAUCUAAGUCUUGCUUUUGAAUAUAUUCAGACUCUACAAGAAGAAGUAAUCAGUUCUAGUCAACCUACAGUGUCCUUUUUUCAAUCCUACUCCCAAAUGAGGUGCAUACUCUUAGACAUAAGACAGAAUAAGAUAAGAUAGGAUAUACUGCAUCUUCUCCUCAUGCCCAGAUCACUUCAUAUCUUUCUCUUUCUAAAUCGUAAAAAGAUUGGUAUUUAUGUACUGUAGUACCCUUUCUACUCUAUUUGAGCACUCAUAAUGCUUUCUACUACAAGUCUCAUUCACCCAAUCACACACAUCCAUAUAGUUUUUUGUUUAACACUCACACACACACAAACUCACAGGGGGAAACCCUCACUUGCUGCUGAUGGAUGCCUCAGGGCCAAGUCAGGGUUCAGCAUCUUGCCCAAGGGUACUUCGACAUGCUGACUAGUGAAUUGGUAGACAACCUUUUUGUUUCCAAAUCUCACAAUCUUUUAGUUACUCCACUGUGCAACUAACAAAAACUCAAAUUAAUUUAAAUAAAUUUGAUAGUUGGAUCACAAACCCAACCCCCAAUCAAGAUUUCUGCCACCACAAACAGUGCAAACUUGUGAUGGUUUAAUAUAUUUUGUCUGCACAAAGGAAAAAAGAAAAACUAAAUUGAAGUCACACAUCACAGUCCAAGUGGCUUCUUGUUGUCACACUUUUAAGUGUUAAUACCCAAUAACAAUAAACUUUUAGAAACAACAUAUAUGAAUGUUACUGUUAUGUUCUCAGUAUGUAUGUAAAUUUAUGCAACAUAUAUGUAUGUAUAUGCAUGCAAAUACAUAAUGACUACCCGCCUCACAGCUUGUGAUUUAAAGUAGCAUUGUCAUCCCAUUUAAAAAGUAAAAUACUAAAACCACUGAGAUGGCAAAUAGGAUGACAAUUGAUACAAGUACAAUAUGUUUUAAAUGAGGGUAUUUUAAUGCAUUGCAUGUCCUGGGGCACAGGAUGUUAACAUGCAACUACUACUCUUGUUCAUGUGUGACAUUUACCCAAAUGCAAUGUGUGAUGUCAGAAAGGAGAGGUGGGAUUUGAACACUUCACAUAAACUUUGCAAAGAUAUUUCAUGCCUUGCUGCUCCUUUUACAACCAUAACUAGCAGACUCUGCAGCAUUUACAGUUAAAAAAAAUACUUGGCUACUCUGUUUCUAACUUGACAGGCAAGAUGGCUGGUGGAAACAUGACCCUGGACUCUGUUGCAGUUCCAUCAAACCAGAGCAGCUGUGAUGUGUUUGUGUACCAAAGAGCCGCAGUGGUCCUUUUCCCCAUUUUCUACUCUGUGGUAUUCAUCAUCAGCACAUGCGGCAACAGUUUGGUUCUCCGUGUCAUCUGCCAGAGAAAACAGAAGUUCAACUCCACCUCCAUUUAUCUGGUCAACCUUGCUUUAUCUGAUGCUCUGUUCACACUGGCACUUCCUGGGAGAAUUACCUACUACAUCCGUCACUUUGACUGGCCUUUUGGUGACCUUCUCUGCAAAGUGACCACGCUUCUUUUCUUUACAAACACAUAUGCAGGUAUCGGCUUCAUGACCUGCAUCAGCUUGGACAGAUACCUGGCCAUGGUGCAUCCACACCGGCUGCAGUGUUUGAGGAGUGUAAAGGUUGUUCGAAGGGUGUGCUGCCUGGUCUGGGCUCUAGUGUUUCUGGAGGUGGCGCCUCUGCUGUUCCGCAGCAUGCUGCACGAGCAUCAGGGAAGACGAACCUGCAUGGAGUACUUCAACUUCGAGGGCUCCCGCUUCACUCCGUAUCUCCUGCUUCUGGCGUGCGUCGUGUCCUUCUGCUGCCCGCUUACCAUUAUCAUGUGCUGCUACGCCAAGAUCAACAUUAAACUGCGAGAUGCAGCUAAGAAGAACUCUGUAACUGGUCGCUCAAGGAGGAAUCACAGGGCCAACACUAUUAUUCUGCUGAUCCUCCUCACCUUCAUCGUAUGUUUUAGCCCUUAUCACAUCAAUGUCAUCCAGUUUAUGGCCAGAAAAAUACACCACCAGCCAACCUGUGAAGAACUGAGAGCCUUUAAGGUGUCUUUACAGAUUACCGUUUCGUUAAUGAACUUCAACUGCUGCUUGGAUCCAGUCAUCUACUUUUUUGCCAUUAAGACAUACAAGAAGAGGGUGAUGAGCCUGUUUAAAGACUAUCUCUAUACUUCCGGCGCCUCCUCCAAAAUGACAGCUGAGAACAGCAGCAGCAACACCUGAGAAACCACAGCUGAUUCUGCAAGAUGUACAUAUAGAACAUAUGCCACAGACCUAUUUUCCCAUGCUAAACAAAAAAAAGAAAAAGAAAAGGGCUUUAUUUUACGUAGUCUCUUCUGCUGAUGUGGUUUUUUACAUGAUCCCUUCCAUCUAAAAUAUAUAAAAAUUGUGUAUGGACACAUGCAGUGUAUGUGCCUUAAUUUAGCUGUAAAAAAAAUUAAUUAAAUCCUUGUUCCGCUGUUAGUGUUGCACCCAGUAUUUGUUUGUACUGUAUAUAUUGCCAAGUAUUUUUGUUGUUGUUGUUGUUGUUCAUAUGAUUGCCUUUUCUUUUCUUCUUUAUGUUUUUUCUUUAUUUUUUUUAGUUUAGUUUUUUAAUUUGUUUGAUUUUGUUUUUCGGUUACAAUGUGUAUUCAGUCUAGUAUCAACAGCGUCAUACAGUAAUCGUAAAAGGAAGUUACUCUAAUCCAUGUUUUCGUGGUAAAAGGGAUUUUCGUAUAGUUAUGUAUUUGUGCAUUGUUAAGAAAAUUUCCCAACCUAUGGGUUUGUUUCCAAACUCUUUCUGAAAAUACUGUGGUCAUUAACGCAACACGGAAGCAGCUUGUACUUCCUUUUUUUGUUAGAGAAGCGCAUACCCAGCCAAGUCUUAGGUGAAAUUUUUCACUGUAAGAGGAACCAUUUGAGCAAAUUUGGAAAGCGUACGCUCCUGCUAUCAAAGAUGUUAUUCAUAUGAUCCCAGCAGUAUUACGUAUUUCGCAAAAUGGAAGAACUGCGGGUAGGACAAAAUGAGAACAUGUCACACUUCUCUCUUUCAUACCCACAUCUGAGUUUUGUGUGGGAGUACUCAGAUGUAAAUCACCACUUCCUCACCCACCUUUCCUGCUCCCCUAUCAUAGGCCUCAUUCCUGCUGGGCUCCGCAUCUUGUGGUGAGGGUACACUGUGUAUUUUGUGUGUGUAUGUGUGUGUGUGUGUGUGUGUGUGUGUGUGUGUGCCCCUUGCAAAUUUACGCAGGUGCACAUUUUCUGUUUAUAGCACAAAGCGUCAUAUUUAAAUUUAACCUUUCGCAUUUCCUGAGUUUUUCUGGAGAUGUUGCCCUUUAGUUUUACAUCGAAAACAAUGUGCAUGAACUAUUCCAUAAAGAAACAUUAAACUGCUUUGAAUGAUUA